AUGAAUAAUCUUUCAUUUAGUGAGCUAUGUUGCCUCUUCUGCUGUCCACCUUGUCCAGGGAAAAUUGCUUCAAAAUUAGCAUUUUUGCCACCUGAUCCAACUUACACACUAAUGUGUGAUGAAAGUGGAAGCCACUGGACUUUACACCUAUCAGAACGAGCUGACUGGCAGUACUCUUCUAGAGAAAAAGAUGCUAUGGAGUGUUUCAUGACUAGAACCAGUAAAGGCAACAGAAUUGCCUGCAUGUUUGUGCGUUGCUCACCCAAUGCCAAAUACACCUUACUCUUCUCACAUGGAAAUGCUGUUGAUCUUGGUCAGAUGAGCAGCUUUUACAUAGGAUUGGGAUCACGGAUUAACUGUGAUAUAUUCUCAUAUGAUUAUUCUGGAUAUGGUGCAAGUUCUGGGAAACCAUCGGAGAAGAACCUCUAUGCAGACAUAGAAGCUGCUUGGCUUGCUCUUAGGACAAGAUAUGGCAUUCGCCCUGAAAAUGUGAUUAUAUAUGGCCAAAGUAUAGGGACAGUACCAUCUGUGGAUCUUGCUGCUCGGUACGAGAGUGCUGCUGUUAUUCUUCAUUCUCCUUUGACCUCAGGAAUGCGAGUUGCUUUUCCUGAUACCAAGAAAACCUACUGUUUUGAUGCAUUCCCAAAUAUUGACAAAAUCUCUAAAAUAACCUCUCCAGUAUUAAUAAUUCAUGGGACUGAAGAUGAAGUCAUUGACUUUUCACAUGGCCUUGCAUUGUUUGAGCGUUGCCAAAGACCUGUGGAGCCUCUGUGGGUUGAAGGGGCAGGUCACAAUGAUGUGGAACUUUAUGGACAGUACCUUGAAAGGUUGAAACAGUUUGUGUCACAGGAAUUGAUUCUUCAUUAUAAGAAAACCUGA